AUGCGCGCUACCACUCUCGACCCGCAGGCGUCGCGUGUGCUCGCGCACCUCCAGGAACUUGUGGCGGACGGCGCGGCGCCGGACCCGCUGCUUGUCGACGACUACGCCGCGCAUGUCUCUGCGCACCCAGACGCUGUGGUUUCGGGCCGCGUGCUCGACCUGCCCGUGCUCAUUGCCCUUGCGCCGCUCCUAGCGCGCGUCUUGCACGCCCCGCCCGAUGCCUGCUACGCCCGCCUUCUCUCGGCAUUGCUUGCGCCGUUGCCUUUCGCAGACACCCUCAAGUUUUUCUCGCGCGACCACGUCGAGGCCGCUGCGCAACUGCCUCUGCACCCUGUCAUGGCGCUCGCGGUGCACGUCGUUCGUGCCGCCUUGGAACGCCAUGAUACUGAUGCGGAGGAGUUUGUGCGCACCCUGGACUUUUUGCCUAUCGUGGUGCGCCGCGUGCUUGCUGAGCCUUUGUUGCCUGUCGCAGUAGUGGCUGAUGUUGAGGCUGCUGUUCGCGUGCAUGCAGCGUCACAGGAUUUUACCUGGGAGCCUUGGCAAUUUUUGUUAGAGCGCCCUAGUGCAGUGAACACGGACGCAGCAGUGGCGGCACGGUAUGUAGGAAUCAUCGAGCCGCUUGCUGCUCGGAGCGAUGUGGUUCCGCUUGCGGCUGUGGAGAAGCUUUGCGCAUUCGAUGUGGAGAAGUUUUUCGAAGACGAAAUUCAAACAGAGGCAGCAAGUAAGACUGCCGUGGAUGCUGAGGUGGUGGAGCUUGUCAAGUCAUGCGAGGAAAUACUCCCUCAUGAAGAUGAAACAGAUGCAGUCGGUGACAAAAUUGACAAUCCCAGCAAGCCAACCGUACAAGGUUCGGAGGACGAUGAUUCCCAUCUCGUUGAUCCUCUACUUGCUCCAAUUGUAAUAGACUUCUACGCUCGUCUUGUGCGCCGCAUACCCCUUUACGGCAUUCGCCAUCCAGUGGCUCGUUGUAUGGUGCACUUAGCACAUCGCCGUCAAGUGCGUUGUUACAACGCCGCUCUUGAUCCUCCAUUAUCUGCACUUUUUUCAUCUUUGUCGGCAUGUGGAUCCACUGUCCCAGUAUCUCGCGCUUUCCUCAACCGUCUCCCCGCAUUGGCAGACUUUGAUUUUUCCGCCCAUCACGAUGUGCUUGCCUUUUGUUUGCUUGACUUGGCAGUUAUUCCGGACAAAAAUACGUACUUCAAUGACCAUUUUUCUGCAUGGCACCUCGCGCGUGUUCCUUAUCCACGCUUUCAUUGCUUACUUCAUCUCAUAGACAAUGUGGACUUUUUCGCCUUGUUUGCAAAUGCGUGGCUUUCAGAUGCCAUUGUGGCCGCUCUUGCGCCUCCUCGUGUAUACGAGCUUGUCGCACGCCUAGCAUUAUACGACCAUUCGGCGUCUGUCAUGCUUGAGAAGCUUCCGCUCGCUGUUGAUACAUACUUGGCACAACCUGACCGCUCGCUUGUCAAUCCGGAUUUGUGGAGCUUGAAGCGAGACGCAUUACACCACCUAUUAUUCAAUCGCAGCUUGGACUUGGGGGCCUGGCGCCAGCCCUUGACCGCUUCAUAUCUGGAAAUGGUGAACGGACGUAAGGUGAGGGCGAUAGAUCCCCAGGUUGCUGUCGAGUCACGAUUUGCUUGA